AACGAGUGCGUACAAGUAUCAAUCAUACCGGCGAAUUGUUAGUGUCGUUGAGAAUCGUAUACUCUUAAACUACUUUAGUGUCGUGUUCUUAACCUAUUUCUUUUUUUUUUGAACGAGCAUAUUAAAGUAAAAGUUAUUUUUUACUGUAAAAUUUUAAACGAUAGCAAAAUAUUUGCAGAAGCAGCUCUUGUUUUGCUUUCUUUCUAAAAAAUAACAGUGAAAUGUAAUUAGUAGUGACUGAACAGUCAAAAUAUGUCUGGCUGUAAUUUAUGGGCAACGUUUAAGUUUUUUCAAAUAAUUUUAUGUUUAAGUUGUCUUUUAUAUAAACGAUGGGCUGAUACAGAGGCCAGGAGAUUGUUUUUUUUACUGGAGAAAAAUUCUCAAGAAUGGCCGUUGUUAAAUAGUAUAACUAGAAAUGGAGCCGGAUCAUUAUUUGCAGAUGUUACGUUUGGUGGUUAUGUAAUAAUAUGCAUAGCUUUAUUUAUAGCCUAUUUAAUGGGUGAACUGAAAAACAGUAAAAAAACAGAAACAUUUUUAUUGGCUAUUGGUUCAAUUUUGUUUAUUGCUGUUGGGUGUUUAGUAGUAACUACCAUUGACAGUAUUCCAGGAAAUCUCGUAGCUAGUGCUUUAAUACUCAGUUGUUUAUCCAUUACAACGGGUAUGUUUUUCAUAUUAGAUAUAUGUUUAUCUAAUAAAAUAAACGAAAAAAAAACGAGACUUCCAAAAAAUACCCGAUUUGGUGAUAUUGCUCGAACUUUAAAUGCUCCUGACAUGGUUGAUGCGAUACGGUCUGCAAAUAGUUUGCCAAAAGAUCAAAAAAUUAAUUAUAGUAAUGGCCAUACUAAUGGUUAUUCAAAUGUCCACACUAAUGGCGAUAAAAAUAGUCAUACAAAUGGUAUUUUAAAAAAAAAAGAUAUAAUGGAAAAAAAACAAAAUGGAUUAUUACAAACAGCAAUUGACCAAGUUACAACAAAAAGUGAGGCAGUUCAAACAAUGACAGUAGAAGAUGUAAGAAGUCAAUACGGUCGAAAGUAUUUAGAAAAUCGUGGGUUCAGUCGACACUCUGAUUGGUAUGAUACAGAUAUGGAUUUACCUAAAAUGAAAAAACUUGAAAUUAAUGUACCUGAUGAAUCGCAUGAAUACCGUCAAAGAUUUAUACAACUAAAAAACGGCAAUAAACUUCAAUCUCCCAGUAUUACAAGUACAGUUCAUCAACAGGAGAGUCCUAAAGAAGAAAUAGAACACGAAGUGAAAAAUGAUAUUGUACCGUAUGCUGUAUCAGAAAGAAAGAAACCCACGAGACCUAUUGAUUUACCUUUAAAGUCUCCUGUAGAGCGAGUUAAUGAUUCGCUCCAGAAAUCUGUUAAAAGUCGAUUUUAUUUUGGAUCUAACAUGGAAGAACCUAAAUCUCCGAAUGACCCUGGUUAUGUUCUACACACAGCUUCCCGAUGGGAAGAACCUGCUCUCUCUGCGAAUGGAUUGAAAAAUUUCAGAAGAAGUCAAGUUUAGUUUUUUCAAUUUUUAUUCAAAUAUUUAUGCACCAUUAUUUAUAAAUAUAAAAGUAUUAAUGUUGUAUAAAUUUGUUUGUGUAUAUUUUAAAAUAAUCUAACCUGUAAAAAUGAUAUCUCCCUAAACACUAUUUAUAGAAACUUUUCGACUGUAUGUAAUUUAAAUAAUUUCUAACUUUGCACUUAAUAAUCAUUACAAAAAUAAUUUGGUGUUAUUUAUAAGUAUGGAAUAUUAAUAAAUUUUACCUCUGAUAUUUUAAUAAUUUAUACAGUCUAUAAAUUCUUAAUUCAAAUUAUAAAUACAUUUUUAUUUUUCUUUCAUAAUUAAGUUUUUGAAUUAAUUAUUAUUUUUCAAUGUAUAAUGUUUAAAACGCACAUACCAAAUUUUUUUUUAUAAAAUAUACUUAGACUAUUAUGUUAUUUAUUGUUAACUUUUUAUUUAGUUUCAUUAUUUGCAUAAAAGACUUUUUAUAUAAUUAUUUAUUUUAAAAUAUGUUGUCAUUAAUAAAUUUUUAAUCAAGUAAAUUACAUAAACGUGAAUAAAGUGAAAAUUUCAGAUUU